AUGUCGCCACCAUGUCGGGCUCUGCGCCCCACGCUUCGACCGUACCUUCAACAUCUGCGCAAGAUUUCCCGGCCGCAAGAAGCCCAAAAUGCGUGCCUCUGGUCUCGUUUACACCUCAAUCAGCCCCAAAGGCGGCACCAGGUGGGCGUAGGAUACGGCUUCGAUCAGCCCCGCGAAUUCUCACCUUUCGUCCCACCGCCUCCGUCGUCGCUGCCGCCACCUAGGCCACCAAAGCAAUACCCUCGACUUAUCAAAUGGGGGCGGAGAUUUAUUUAUGUCUUCUUCUUCGGGGGUACCUUGUAUUGUGUCGAUAGAUUCUUCAAUUAUUCUGCAUUCAUUCGUAGCGCUCGGACAUUCUACACUGGACUCGUCAUUACUAUCGACUACAAACUCAAUUUCACAAAGCGAAAAGGUGAUAAAAUCGAUGGCCUCCAUCUAAGAUCCGCAGAGAGAGUAUUCGACGUAUUGGCAAAGAAUGGAGGUCUCUAUCUUAAAGUCGGACAAGCCAUUGCUAUGCAAGCUGCGGUCCUCCCACCUGCCUUUCAGCAAAAAUUCGCACAGUUAUUCGAUAAUGCUCCCCAGGUUUCAUAUAACGAAAUACUCAAGGUUUUCAAGCGGGAUUUUGGCGGAAAAACUCCAGAUGAUAUCUUCAUGCCCGGUUCGUUUGAGAAGGAAGCCAUUGCGAGUGCAAGCAUUGCGCAGGUUCAUCGGGCACGCCUAAAGGAUGGAACGCCCGUAGCCGUCAAAAUACAAAAACCCCAAAUCGCAACUUGGAUCCGCUGGGAUUUGCAAAGUUGGAGCAUUUUGAUGUGGCUAGAAUCAAAGUUCUUCGACGUCAACUUUUAUUUUGUCGUACCCUAUAUCCGUGAGCGGCUAAAGUCUGAAUGCGAUUUUACCAAUGAAGCUGAUAACUCGGAAAGGACAAGGGAGUUUGUUUUGGCAGACCCUAGUUUGAGGAACAAGGUCUAUGUUCCCAAGAUUUUCCGUGAAUACUCAACUGAAAGAAUCCUUGUCGCCGAAUGGAUCGACGGCGUGAAACUGUGGGACCGCGAGGUCAUAACCGGCCCUUGGAGAGGUUAUGAUAAAGUUGGGAAGCCGAUUGGACGCAGAAGGGCCCAGAAACAGAACCAACAUAUCUCCCAGGAGUUCACUUCAUUGUUUGAAACGUCACCAAAUGUUCGUCAUGAUACCACCAUCCGCAGGGCUGGGUUAGGACUGUCCUUGACGGAUGUUAUGACUAUUAUUGUUCGCCUCUUCGCCCGCCAGAUGUUUUCAUGGGGCCACGUGCAUUGUGAUCCACAUCCAGGAAACAUAUUUGUACGACGGAAGCCAAACGGUCAGCCUGAAGUUGUAUUGAUUGACCAUGGGCUCUAUGUUGAUAUGAGUGAAGAUAUGCGGAAAGAUUACUGUGAACUAUGGAUGUCCCUCCUUACUAUCGAUAACGAGAAGAUUGGUAAAGUCGCAGAAAAAUGGGGCAUAGGAAACGCAGACAUGUUUGCCUCAGCUACUCUACUACGCCCAUACACUGGCGGCGACCAAUCAUUCACAAAGAGCCUGACUGGAGAAGAUGAUCCAAACGGGCCCGGUGGAUCCUACGAAAUGAACGAACGGAUGCGCGAAGGCAUGAAAACAUUUUUAAACGAUACUACUAAGAUUCCUCGAGAGUUGGUUUUUCUAGGGAGGAGUAUGAGAAUUAUACAAGGGAAUAACCAACUUAUGGGCUCCCCGGUGAACCGCAUAAAAGAAACUGCACUAGCCGCGUCGAGAGGCCUUUUAAUGUCGCAAACUAGUCUAACCCGACACGCCACCUGGGGUGAGAAGUUGAUGGCAUAUUGGCGUUAUGCCAUAUUUAGGUUCAUUCUUAUAUCCUCAGAUGUCAUCUUCUUGACAGUGAGAUUAAGACAAAUUCUAAGACUCGGAGAAGGCUUUGAGGAUGAAUUAGAGAUGAGGAUGAGGGCUAUGGCAAAGGAAGACUUCGGGAUCGAGCUUAAUUCAAAGGUCUUCGAAGGUUGA